AUGGGCACGGUGCUGUCGCUGUCCCCCAGCUACCGCAAGGCGCCGCUGUGCGAGGAUGGCGCGGCCGGCGCGGGGCAAUACACCGCGGUGCAGAACAGCAAGAACGCCAAGGAGCGCAGCGUGCGGCGCAACCCCAUCCUGGCGGCGCUGCCCUGGAAGCGCAUCGCCGCCGUCUCGGCCAAGAAGAAACACUCCAAGAAGGUGCAGCCCAGCGCCGGCUACCAGAGCAACGUCGCCCACCUCAACAGCGAGAACCUGAAGAAGUCGCUGUCCUGCGCCAACCUCGCCACCUUCGCGCAGCCCCCCGCGCAGCCCGCGGCCCCGCCGCCGCCGCUCUCCGCGGCCAAGAGCGCAGCGUCCUCCGGCCGCAAAGCGCCGCCCAACCCCAGCGCGGCCGGCACCCCGAAGCGGGUCAUCGUCCAGGCCUCCACCAGCGAGCUGCUGCGCUGCCUGGGCGAGUUCCUGUGCCGCCGCUGCUACCGCCUCAAGCACCUCUCGCCCACGGACCCCGUCUUGUGGCUGCGCAGCGUGGACAGGUCGCUGCUCCUGCAGGGCUGGCAGGACCAGGGCUUCAUCACCCCGGCCAACGUGGUCUUCCUCUACAUGCUGUGCCGGGACGUCAUCUCCGCCGAGGUGGCCACCGACCACGACCUGCAGGCCAGCCUGCUGACCUGCCUGUACCUCUCCUACUCCUACAUGGGCAACGAGAUCUCCUACCCGCUCAAACCCUUCCUGGUGGAGAGCUGCAAGGAGGCCUUUUGGGACCGCUGCCUCUCCAUCAUCAACCUCAUGAGCCCCAAGAUGCUGCAGAUCAACGCGGACCCGCACUACUUCACCCAGGUGUUUGCUGACCUGAAGAACGAGUGCAGCCAGGAGGAGAAGAGCCGGCUCCUCAUCGGGCUGGACCGGUGAGCGCCCCCCGCCGCUGGGACCGGGGCACCUUUGUGGUGCUUUGUUUUGUCAGACACAGGUGGCGGUUGGGUGGAUCUUGGAACUAGCCGCCCAGCCCCCAGCUGGCAGCACUGACCUUUGAACACUUGCAGCCCGGCUUGGCCUCCAGCGGCGCUGCAGCCACAGGGGUGGGUGUGAAGCUGUUGUUGUAGCCAGUAUCUGUUUGGUUUCUGUAACUGCCUGGAGAUCCAUUGCUCCCUCCACUUCUUGGGCCAUAGCACCAAGUGCUCAGUGGGGGCUUGGCUGUCCCUUUGCCCAGACAGUAUCUGCUAGAGGCAUUAUCCACGCAGAAGUCUUCACCCUUGUGAACAGGCGGCUUCAAAAAAUGACUUGAAGGAAAUGCUGGCCUUUCCUUUCUUGAAGGGCCUGGUGGUGUGGGGAUGGGGUAAUCCAAUGGAGUCUUGAGCAUCUGGCAUUUCACAAAGGGAUCCAAUGCUUUAAAGCUGGCGGGGGUUCAGAGCUGCACAAAACGAAGAAAAUUAACCUUAAAAACAAUCAGUAUCAAACUCCAAAAGGGACUUAUUGCAUGUAACGUGUAGUUAGCUGGGAAGGCGAGUGGGGGAGAGGUGGAAUUGCACACACCUUUGACUCUGCAUUGGUGGCUCACACAGUUAAUUUUCAAAAUUCCCAGAUUCGGGAAAGCCCAACUUUGAGCAGGCAAAACAGUGCCUCACAGGCAUAGAAUUAUCAUUCAUGAUCAGUGCUGCAGCCUACGUCUAAGGCGAGUUUGGAAUGCUGUGUCACCAGCCAAGGCACCAAGAGGUGAGGUGGCCAGGUUGGGAUUGGUGAGACCACACCUGUGGCUAUUGUUUUGGUUUGCAAUGGCAAAUAAUUCUGUGCUAGUCAGUAACAUGACUAUCUGCAGCCCACCCUGGUCCUGUCACAAGUGGUGGACAUUAUUCUAUUCAUGUUUUCUGAACUGCAGCAGUAGUGGUCUGUAUUGAUGUGUCCUACUGUAGGGUUUAAUGGCACUAUCAGUUGCUUUCCCUAGUCUACCUGAUCACUCUGUGUGGAAUUGGGCCUAUUUAUGUCUGCUGUUUACCUCUGAUGUCAGCGUGCGGGUACAGCAUGUUUAUUGAAACAUAGGGGACAAAGAGGUUGUUAAAAUAAUUUCAGAAAGAAAAAGCUCAUCACCAAGUGGGCAGAGGGGACUGGGCCUUACAGCCUACACUAGAAAUAGUAAUGCAGCUUUUCUUUCCUUGGAAUCCUACUGAUUGAGUUAACCAUGUCAUUUAAAAGACCAGGGUUCCUGGUUCUAGAUGCUAACACACACUUUAAUGCUACUGAAAAGUGAAUUCACUUUUGGGUUGAAGCUCACAGGUAAUCUUAUCCUCUGGCUUUAUAGCUUCUUACAGUGCCAGAUGGUGAGGAAAACCAAGACUAGUGUUUCAUUGCAUGUAAUAUGGCUGCAGACACAGACUGGUUUGAAAUCUCUAUAGGCGUCUUCAAAUCCAACACUAGGUUUAAGGAUGCGGGCA